GCACUGUAUAAUCGAAGCAAAAAGUACCUGGAGGCAUGCACAAGAAAACACCGUGAAUUCUAUGCUCCCAGGCAGUUAUUGAGGUGGGACUGCUGCUAGCUAUCCUGAUAUGGCACAUGUGAAUUCUCUGCCAGCCAGCAUUCCAUGGAGGAAUAACAACAUCACCCUUCUGAAUAAGGAGCAUCCCAUUUCAGAGCAAGUAGAGACUGUCAUUGGCGUCUACUUGCUGAUUUUAGGUUGGCUCUCGUGGUUUGGGAACAGCAUUGUGAUCUUUGUCUUGUACAAGCAAAGGGCUGGCUUGCAACCACAGGAUUACCUUACCUUUAACCUUGCUGUGUCAGAUGCCAGCAUUGCCAUUUUUGGAUAUUCUCGAGGCAUCCUUGAAGUCUUCAAUGUAUUCAGAGAUGAUGGCUUUCUGAUUACCUCAAUUUGGACCUGUCAGGUUGAUGGAUUUCUCACCCUCUUAUUUGGAUUAGCUAGCAUUAAUACUCUUACAGUGAUCAGUAUAAUACGAUAUAUAAAGGGAUGCCAUCCACACAGAGCUUCCUACAUCAACGACAACAGCAUCAACGUUUCUUUGGUUCUUAUUUGGGCAGCGGCAUUAUUCUGGUCAGCAGCCCCUCUGCUUGGCUGGGGAAGUUAUAGAGAUCGAAUGUAUGGCACCUGUGAAGUAGACUGGUCAAAGGCUAACUACUCUACCAUCUUCAAGUCUUACAUCAUUUCCAUUUGGAUUUGCUGUUUCUUCCUUCCCGUCUCUGUAAUGAUUUUCUCCUAUGUAUCAAUCAUUAAGGCAGUGAAAACAAGUCAUGCCAUAACAAGAAUGGGAGAUCUGACAGACAGGCAAAGAAAAAUGGAGAGAGAUGUCACUAGGGUGUCCAUUGUGAUUUGCACUGCCUUCAUAAUAGCGUGGUCUCCCUACUCUGUCAUAUCAGUUUGGUCUGCAUGUGGCUACCACGUCCCCCAUUUCACCAGUAUUUUGGCUAGCCUAUUUGCAAAGUCAGCUAGCUUUUACAAUCCUAUUAUCUACUUUGGCAUGAACUCCAAGUUUAGAAGGGAUGUCUUCAUAUUGCUACCAUGCAAGAAAGAAAUGAAGGAGCCGGUGAAGCUGAAAAGAUUCAAGAAACUUAAGCACAAGCCUGGGUCUUUGUCUUCUCUGAGGGAACAAAAGCACAAGCCAGAAUUAGCACCAUUGCCUAGCCCAGAUUCUGGAGUAGGAAGCAAUGCCCCAACUCACGUAGGCAAAGAAGUUUACAUAAUACCUGUAGGGGUGCCACUUGGAGGUGACACUAUAGAGUGUGACAGACUUUGAAAAACUCGUUGACUUACUUAUAUUCACAGAAUAUGGGAGGGAGCACAGCACACAGUUUCUGACUCACAACACUGUGAAGCAUAUGCAGUAAAACAAAGAUGAUUCAAUGUAAUUUAUGUGAAAUAAAUAGGUUAGAUAUCUAUACAACUGAGAUGUGACAGCACACAAGAGAGACAGACAUAUGCUAUAUGUAUUCUGAAGAGUUUGUGCCUAUGUCUGUAUGACUGUGCAUCUAGCAAAUAGCUGUGUGUAACUUAUUGUCUUGCACUUCAUGCAAGGUUUUCCCUAUCAGUUUGCCUGAAUUCACAUAAUUUAAUAAGCAUGCAGCAAAAGUUUUUAAAUUGUUAUUAUUCUGGUAAUCAUAACAUCAUUCAGGAUUCCAUAUCACACAACAUUUGAUGAAAUCAUGUACUGAUGAAGCCACCUUGCUAAAAGAAUUGUUACUUUCCCCCAAAGCUCACUUACACUGAUAAUGAAAAGUAUGUGGAAUAAUUUUUAAAGAGUAACUCUGCAAUACUGACUUAUCCAAAUCAAAUCCAUGUAAAUGUCCGUGAUUCCUUUUUAAAGUGGCAAAAAACAAGCGGUAAUAAGAGUACAAAGAGAUGUAGGUUUGAGAUCCAGCCAUGAAGCAAGAUAAACUGAACAGAACUGCAAUGAGCAAUAUGCAAAUUAUCACCAAACCCUACUAAA